GCUUCCGGUUAAAUUUGUUUUGAAAAAAUUUGAAAGCUGGAGCGAGAGAUUGGCAGACAUGUCCACGCUGUUCCCCUCGCUCUUCCCCCGGAUAACGGAGUCCCUGUGGUUCAACCUUGACCGACCCUGUGUGGACGAGACCGAGCUGCACCAGCAGGAGCAGCAGCACCAAACCUGGCUGCAGAGCAUUGCUGAGAAAGACAACAACCUGAUGCCCAUUGGGAAACCUAUUUUUGAGGCGGGAUAUGAUGAAGAGGAAGAGGAGGAUGACGAGGAUGAGGAGGACAGCGAGGAGGACUCGGAAGAUGAAGAAGACAUGCAGGACAUGGAUGAGAUGAAUGACUACAAUGAGUCACCUGAUGACGGCGAGAUCAAUGAGGUGGACAUGGAGGGACCAGACCAAGACCAGGAUCAAUGGAUGAUUUAAAACAAAUGACAAUUUUAGUCUCCAUCAAGCUGUCUGGCACUGGAUUUUUACUCUCCACUUAAAACUUGAAUGCUGCUCCUUUUGUCUGUGACACAGAUAUAUAUAUAUAUUUUAUUUCUGUAAACAGGAAAAGAAUAUAGUUGAAUCAAAGCUUGUAUCAUGAUGUCCUUCAGAGGGAGUGAAUCCAGCACAAAGUGUCUUGUUUCAAGCUGCAGUUGGCCCGUGAAGGGCCUGGACGUCGUUGGAUAUUACUGUGAGUGCUUCUAACAUGCACAUACAAACACAACUACAUGCGCACAGACAUACGCAUGUACAUACAUACACACACUCACACACAAGGUCCUGCUGUUUUGUAACCAGUUGGACACACUCCCACACAGUGGUAACAGUAGGAAUCAGCCUAGUGAUUUCUAAUUUAAACCUUGAACUUUUCAUACCUUUGUCAUGUGCCACUUCUCGGAGAGCCUUCAAACGGCUGACUGAGCAGAAACAACAGUUCAGUCAGCUAAAUAAUUUGUUACCUAUAAAGGAGACUGACCGAUACUUCACCAUGUAGUACGAUGCUGUUUCAUAGUGUUGUGUAUGCUGCUAAGUUACCGAUAUAAUACUCCCAGUGGAAUCUUCAUAAACGCUUAUGAAAUUGUAUUAUGUUCAGACAAUUCGUCAGUUCUUAUUGAAAUACAUUUUGAUGAAUUUUUACCAUGUUAAAGGAGCAACCACCCGUUACUUUUGAAGAAUGUCAAUUGACAUAUGAAGACACUCAGUGUCCAUCCAAAUACUCUCGUGUUUAUCUUAAAGCAUUGCUUGCUGAGGCUUCGGUUAUUUGUACUUAAAAUGAACAGAAUCCUUGACUUUUUGUAUUAAAUUAAAUCAUUUUGAUGAAA